AUGUUGCAGGCGUUGCUUGAGAAUGAAGAGCUCCGGGGCCGCAUCGAUGGCUUGGUUUCCCAGGCCGAUGGGGAACUAGGUGAAAGUGCAUCGCCUUCUUCGUUGCCCGCCAAGAAACUGGCGAUGGAAUCCCUGGUAUCUCGCCAGUCCGCCGCUGAAGAUAGAACUGCCCAGAUCUUGGCACGUGCCGAGAAACUGCGCGCCGAUGUUGAGUCUGCUCGAGCCGAAAUCAAUGCCAGGCGCGAGACCAACACGAGGCGGAGAUCCGAUUUAGCGUCGGUUUCAAAUGGUAUUGAUGCCCGAAGAAUCAAGGCUCUGGACGAAACCGAGAAUGCGACUCUCUCGCUUCGGGGUCGAUGGAACCGCAAUUCCGACCAAAUGGCCGGUACUCGUGCCUUUCUUUGUAAGGAGGCCGCCAAGCUGUACGGGCUGAAGAGAAUCAAGAAAGGAUCCUCGAAAUAUGAGUACAAACUCGGAGGGAUAGACGUCAUAGACCUCACGUCGAUGAAUGCUCUGCCGCCGGAAGUCAUCUCAACUUCCCUUUCCCACAUUGCUCACAUUCUGAUAUUGGCGUCGCAUUAUCUCGCUCUUCGGUUACCGGCUGAGAUAAAUAUGCCGCGUAGUGACCAUCCCCGGCCGACCAUUUACAACUUAGCGUCGUCGUAUCGUCACGCAGAUGGCGAGGAGCAGUCUCUUGGUAACGUCAAGAUUAAACAGUCCAACGGCGAUGAUACCAGUGGCAACAAUCGGGGUCCGUCGGAUUUUGGUGGGGGUCGAAAUCGCGAUCUCGGCAAUACAUCCCGUCCACGACCGCUGUUCGUCGACAAACCUCUCCCCGUCCUCGCAAAGGAGGAUCCUUCCGCCCAUUCCUUCUUCCUCGAGGGUGUCACCCUCCUCGCGUAUGACAUUGCGUGGGCCUGCAUGACUCAGAAUGUUCCGAUUGGUGAUCGCGGGUCGUUCGAGGACCUCUGCAAUAUGGGCCGCAAUCUCUAUAACCUCUUGAUCGGCCAGCAGUUGCACAACACGCAAACGCCGAAGCUCUACCCUCCCCUUUCGGCUCCUAGCGGUACCUCCGAUGGUGAUGAUCCAGACCAGACAAAGACAGGGCUUCCUCCUCCCGUGAUGGGUCGAUUUUCUCAUGGCACGACUCACACCUUUCUUGGUAGUGCCAGCGGUACGGAGUUUAUCCGAUCGUUCAAGUUGCCGACACCGAUAAAGUUGGCGGACAAACUCAAGAAGAAGCUGAUGAGCGAGUUGACCGUACCGGAGUGGGAAGUCGUAGAAAAUGGUGAUUGGGAGCCUGAUGGUGCCAUGUAG